AUGCAUGUGCUCGCUCUCGUGACGGGCCUCGCUGGCAUUGCCAGUGCUGCUUGUCCUUAUAUGACCGGUGAAGCAGGCGACAAUCCUCACCUCGCACGCCGAGGGGAUGGAGAUGCUGCCGGUGACACGGAAGAAUUCCUCUCACAGUUCUAUCUCAAGGACAAAGAUGUAUAUCUGACCUCUGAUGUUGGCGGUCCUAUUGAGGACCAGAACAGUCUCAGCGCAGGAGAGCGUGGAGCGACUCUGCUUGAGGAUUUCAUUUUCCGUCAGAAGAUUCAACGCUUCGAUCAUGAACGAGUACCGGAACGCGCUGUUCACGCUCGAGGCGCCGGCGCCCACGGAACAUUCACCUCCUAUGGGGACUGGUCCAAUAUCACAGCCGCAUCUUUCCUUUCCGCCAAAGGCAAACAAACCCCGAUGUUCACACGGUUCUCCACCGUUGCUGGUAGCCGUGGAAGCGCCGAUACCGCGCGAGAUGUCCACGGCUUUGCCACCCGCUUCUAUACCGAUGAAGGAAACUUUGAUAUUGUUGGAAACAACAUUCCCGUUUUCUUCAUUCAGGAUGCAAUUCUUUUCCCGGAUUUGAUCCACGCUGUCAAGCCCCGCGGCGAUAAUGAGAUUCCCCAGGCUGCUACAGCCCAUGACUCGGCUUGGGACUUCUUCAGCCAACAGCCUAGUACAAUGCACACUCUUCUUUGGGCAAUGGCUGGUCACGGUAUUCCCCGGUCGUUCCGUCAUAUGGAUGGAUUCGGUGUGCACACCUUCCGCUUCGUUACUGACGAUGGAAAGACCAAGCUUGUGAAGUUCCACUGGAAGGGCCUGCAGGGCAAAGCCAGCUUUGUUUGGGAGGAGGCGCAGCAGACCGCGGGUAAAAAUGCAGACUUCAUGCGUCAGGAUCUUUUCGAGUCCAUCGAAGCUGAGCGUUAUCCUGAAUGGGAGCUCGGUGUUCAAAUUAUGGAGGAAGAAGACCAACUCCGAUUCGGAUUCGAUCUUCUCGAUCCUACCAAGAUCGUUCCUGAGGAGCUCGUGCCUGUCACAAUUCUGGGCAAGAUGCAGCUGAACCGAAACCCAUUGAACUAUUUCGCGGAAACCGAGCAAGUCAUGUUCCAACCGGGCCACAUCGUCCGCGGCGUUGACUUCACCGAGGAUCCCCUCCUCCAGGGCCGUCUCUUCUCCUACCUGGACACCCAACUGAACCGCAACGGCGGUCCCAACUUCGAGCAACUGCCCAUCAACCGUCCCCGGUCCCCAAUCCACAACAACAACCGCGACGGAGCUGGCCAAAUGUUCAUCCCCAUCAACCCCAACGCCUACUCCCCAAACACCCUAAACAGCGGCUCGCCCAAGCAAGCCAACCAAACCGUCGGCAAGGGCUUCUUCACCGCACCCGACCGCAAAGCAAGCGGCAACCUCCAACGCACCGUCAGCUCAACCUUCGAAGACGUCUGGACCCAGCCCCGCCUAUUCUGGAACUCCCUCGUAGACGCAGAGAAGCAAUUCGUCGUCGACGCAAUGCGCUUCGAGCUCUCAAACGUGAAGAGCAGCAUCGUGCGCAACAACGCAGUCAUCCAGCUCAACCGCAUCAGCAACGAUCUCGCCAAGCGCGUCGCCCAAGCGAUCGGCAUCGACGCCCCGAAGCCCGAUUCGUCUUUCUACCACGACAACACGACCGCGAACAUCGGUGCUUUCGGGCAGAAGCUCGUUAAGCUGGAUGGGUUGAAGGUUGCUCUUCUUGCGUCUGUGGAUAGCAAGGGUUCGAUUGCGCAGGGCGCGAAGCUGCAGUCUGCUCUGUCUUCUGCUGGUGUUGAUGUUGUUGUUGUUGCGGAGCGGAUGGCGGAUGAUGUUGAUCAGACUUAUUCUGCGUCUGAUGCAGUGCAGUUUGACUUUGUUGUUGUUGCUGAUGGUGCGGAGGGGCUCUUUGGUUCGAAGUCUUUGACGGCUGCUCCUAAUGCUAAGGCUUCGGGUGCGUCGUCUUUGUAUCCCGCUGGUCGGCCUUUGGAUAUUUUGCUCGAUGCUUUCAGGUUUGGAAAGCCUGUUGGUGCGUUGGGUAAGGGUUCUGCCGCUCUGGAAGCUGGGCAGAUCUCUGCGGACCGUGAGGGAGUUUAUACUGCUCGCUCUGCGGGAGAUGCUUUUGCGAAGGAUAUCCAAGAGGGACUGAAGACCUUCAAGUUCUUGGAUCGGUUUGCCCUGGAUCAGUAG